GGUAAGCCUGAAGCCGCGUUACCUGAAGUGUUGUCAUUGUUGUCAACUUGUUGAUUAUUGUAAAGAGUUUUACAGUGAUAAUACAAAAUUAGGUUUUGAAAAAUGGUUGAUUUGGACUACAGUAAAGAACUGACAGAAGAUGAGGCUGCUUUGUACGACAGGCAGAUUCGUUUGUGGGGUCUCGAGUCGCAAAAACGUCUCAGGGCUGCAAGUGUUCUGCUGGCAGGAUUAAAUGGAUAUCAUGCAGAGGUGGCCAAGAACAUUAUUCUUGCUGGAGUUAAGUCAGUCACGUUUCUGGACCAUCGUUCAGUUACAGAUUUAGAUGCCUGUAACCAGUUCUUUAUCCCAAGCACUGAAGUUGGAAAAAACAGGGCAGAAGCAUCAGUGCAAAGGGCAGAGAGUUUGAAUUCUAUGGUGAAUGUCAUUGCUGAUCCAGCUAACAUUGAUGACAAGUCAGAAGAGUAUUUCAAGGAUUUUGAUGUUGUUUGUGUCUCUGAAUGUACUGCUGAUCAAAUGAAGAGAGUCAAUACUAUCUGCCGUAAAUACAACAAAAAGUUCUUUGCUGGAGAUGUUUUUGGAACUUUUGGCUAUACAUUUGCAGAUUUGGUAAACCAUGAGUUUGCUGAGGAUGUAGUCCAAAAUAAAAAAAUUAAAGUGCUGGAUGGUGUUGAUGCAGGAAAAGAAAAGUUUGAAAAAAUUACAGUUACUAUCAAAAGUUUUGAAAAAUUUGUUCCUUUUGAAAAAAUACUGGAUGUUAAAAAAUUGCCAAAAGAUACUGAAAUAUAUUAUUUAAUGCUAAUUUUGUUAAACUUCCGUGAAAAACAUCAGAGAGAUCCAUUGCCAAGUGAUAGGAGUUUAAAUGCUUUGAGGGAUGAAGCCAAAAAAGUGAUUGAAAAGUAUAGUCUUGGUGAGAAGUUGGAUCAUCUGUUGAAUGGAGAUCUAUAUGCACAAAUCAGCCCUGUGUGUGCUAUUGUGGGAGGUGUAAUGGGCCAAGAGAUUAUUAAAACAGUUUCUCAGAAGGAACGACCUCAUAACAAUUUAUUCGUUUUCAAUCCAGAUACAUUGUGUGGACAGGUUCUUCGACUUUCAUAAACUUGCAAUAUGUUUAAUGUUAUGAUAGAAUAAAUAUCUAUAUUAAGUAUAAUCAUUCCUUAUGAAACAACUGUUCAUAGAAUCUUGCAUUCUAUUUCAGAGAA